AUGCCCCCGUUGAGACCGCACCAUAAAUCUCGAAAUGGCUGUGAUCGGUGCCGCGAGAGGCGGGUCAAGUGCGAUGAAAAAGGCCCGCCAUGCUCUAAUUGCACAAGUCGCCAGCUGAACUGCACAUAUUUGAAAGUUGCAGCGGCACGUAGCCAGACUGCCAAGCCCCGACCAUCCAAAUAUCAAACCGCGCGCUCGAGUGACAGCUCCGCGCGAUCGCAAAAUAGCGUCUCUUCGCCAGUGUCAAAUUGUUCCCUUUCCACUCAACAGGAAAUCGAUAAUUUAGAAUUAAUGCAUCAAUUCUCUACUGACACGUACAAAAGUCUAUGUGUGAGCGAUUCCGAGAAUGCCACCUGGCAAACUACCAUCCCUCGCUUGGCACUCAAAUACCACUACCUGCUGGACGGUAUUAUGGCUCUGGCUUCAAUGCAUUUAGCCACAUUCGCCGAACCCGCUGAGGCUCUCAUCUACCAGGAGAGGGGUCUUCAAUACUAUAAUCGGAGUCUCAGUCCAUUUCGGCACGCUAUUGACAACAUCACUCCGGAAAACUGCGAUGCAGUGUUUGCGCACUCGAUCGUUAUGAUCGCGAUCAGUAUUGCUUCGCCUCGUCUCACUGCCACAAAAGACGAGAGCUCAUGCAUCACGGCGAACAUUGUUGUAUUGUUUGAGUUGCUGCAGGGCGUCAAGAAAAUUUUGGCAGUUACCAAACCAUGGGUCAAGAUCGAGCUGUUUACCCAAGGUGAAUUUUGGAAAAAGACGACUACUGAGCUCAACGCCGAUGAAGAUGCUGCUCUGGCCCAUGUGGCUUCGUUAAAUGAUCUUGUUAUGACGGGGGUAUACUCAAAACAGCACGAUAUUUACAAGAAUGUUUUAUCGCAUUUACGACACUGUUAUGCGAAAUUCGCACGUUCACCGGACCCAGCUCCUGUCAUGGCUUGGCUUGCGGCGGUUGAUAAGGAUUUUGUGGAUAGUGUGAGAUGCCGACAGCAUUUUUCACUGUUAAUACUAAUGUAUUGGGGCGUUUUACUUGGGAAAUUGGAAGGAAAAAGGUGGUGGGCUAAUAAUGCAGGGAAAGCAUUGGUCUCCGAGUUACUGGAGGCUUUACAGGAUGGUGAUUCUCGGUGGGAGAAAGCUCUCUCAUGGGUUCAAUCACAAAUGCCGUUAUGA